UUGAGGGGCAUUUACUCAGUGAGAGGAAGAGGUUUGAUUGUAACAGACCGCAAUGGAGAGACCAGCGCCCAGGGAAGCGAGGGAGCAGCGGGCUCCUUCCUGCAGCGCAUCGAGAUGAAAACACUUGGAGGAUCAAGACAAUGUAAUGUGUGCUUGGUACGAAGCCAAGGGUGACCAGCUCCUUCGAACAACCAACAGAAAAAAACACUUGAAUGAACAAGACAAAGUAAGAUUUCUUCAGUGCAGAGGCAAGUGUGCCCAGAUCCAUCUGAUAAACAGCAGGUGACUAGUGUUUCUGGACGUGCUGUGUUAUCCAUUUGUCGUCUGUUGUGCAGGUGUCGAAGGACAAUGCUUUUCAGUGACCGUCGUUAUGGCAGAUGAGAAGAAAUCGCAGGCAACUUCCAAGAAAGGCGCGAAGAAAAUCAUCAAGAAGGCGCCGGGGAAAAGCGGCAAGAAAAGGAGCCGACGCAGGAAAGAAAGUUACUCCAUCUACAUCUACAAAGUGAUGAAGCAGGUUCACCCCGACACCGGCAUCUCCUCCAGGGCCAUGAGCAUCAUGAACUCGUUCGUCAACGAUAUUUUCGAGCGUAUCGCAGGGGAGGCUUCCCGCCUGGCCCAUUACAACAAGCGCAGCACCAUCAGCUCCCGGGAGAUCCAGACCGCCGUGCGGCUGUUGCUGCCCGGGGAGCUGGCCAAGCACGCUGUGUCGGAGGGUACAAAGGCGGUGACCAAGUACACCAGCUCCAAGUGAGACACCUCACUGCUGAAAGCACACACAAAUCCAAAACCCAACGGCUCUUUUAAGAGCCACCCACAA